GACUUCGAUUACAUCGGAUAGCCAAUUAAAAAUCGAACAAAUCGAAUAUAAAUAUUCCUUUUAUUUCCAUCGUUUUCCGGAUUAUCUUUUUUUUUAAACUUUCUACAUAAUCGAAUAUGCCCAAUACAGUUCCUGAAGCCUGUUCUGACAUUAUUAUUGCCGGUAAGCCAACUCAUCCCAAUGACUUCAAGGUUGUUUGCCAAGGUUCUCCCGAAUCAUUCUCAAGCAAGCUUUGUGCCGAGCGUGCAUUCUCCAAGGGUUCUGUUAUUGCACCUUUAGAAGGUUUGACACCCAAUGCCAAGCGUUAUUCCACUGUUCAAAUCUCAGAGACAAAACAUAUUGAACUCAACAGUGAUCUUGUUUUCAUGAACCACUCUUGUGAUCCCUCUACUCUUAUGGAUGUCGAUCGUAUGGUUGUCACUGCAACUAGAGAUAUUGCUGCUGGUGAUGAGUUGACUUUCUUCUAUCCUUCUACCGAGUGGGAUAUGGCUCAACCUUUCUCAUGCUGGUGCGGUUCAUCAAAGUGUAUUGAAACCGUCCAAGGUGCCCAAUAUCUCUCCACUGAUACCUUAAAUCAAUUCAAAUUGAGUAAUCACAUUCAAAACUUCAUCAAGCAACGUGAUGCUUAAACCUUUCUUCUGUAACUAAACUUGUAUUAUAAUAAAUAAACCAAAUUAAUGAAAAAACAUAUGUGAUUCUUGGAUUUACAAUAUGUUGGACGAAAACUUAACAUAUUUUUUUGGCAUUUAAGAGUUACUAAGCAAAAAAAUAAAACAAGAACCUACUGGUAGUU